AUGCCAACAGGGAGCGGGGCGAACAAGGUCCAGCUGGGGGUCCCCUCUGUUCCCGAGGGCACUGACGAUGAUCUUUCCCCCACUGGGCUGAAGCGUGGGCCCGAGGGGGGCGUGGGACGGCCCACGAAGAGGCAGGACAAGGCGGCAGCCGCAGGUGAAGGGGUUAGUCUGGUCCAGCUGGAGGAGCUCUUGGCUAAGCAGACGGCGACGUUUCUUCAGCAACAGAAGCAGCAACUUGACGAGGGCUUGAAGGACUUGGAGCUGCGCACUGUCAAGCGGAUUGAAGGGGUGCAGGCAGGGGUGGACAAGCUUGCUGGUCGCGCUGACGCUGCGGAGGAAAGGGUUCAGGUGCUGGAGAAGGCGCUGGCAGAUCUUACGGCCCUGGUGAAGCAGGGCGGAGGCACUUCGGCGGUGGGCAGGGUUCCCAAGGCUGUGGAUGAGCGGCGCAAGGGCACAUUAGUGUUCGGGGGUUGGCCGCGGGAGUCCAAGCGGGUCACCAUCCUGACUGAGCUGGCGGAGGCCCUCAAGAAGGUCGAUCUCCUGGGGGCUAUGGACGACAAGCCUUUUUGCACAGGACCGAGGCGGAGCGUCGUCUUGCUGAAUAUGCCGCUUCGCCAGGAGGAGGACGACCAGGCUCGUCGGCAACGUAUGUUCUCUUUCGUUACGCGGUUCCAGGAAACAGAGAUUACAUGCUCUGCAGGGACACGUCUGUGGUGCUCUUUCAGUAAGAGUCCUGAAGAACGUGCUGUGGCUGGACAUGCAUCGUGGGUGAAACGCACCGUGCAAGCUCUCCCUGGGGGCCACGCGGCUGACCUAGAGUUCGAGUACAAGACAGGCACGGUCUGGAUGGACCAAGGAAUGGUUGCAAGCGCUCGUCUGCCGUUCCCUCCGAAAACGGACAUUGCCAGGGUGCAUGUGGAAGAGGACAACAUCCUUAAGCCGUGGGUGAACGUGGGGCUCAUUGCGCAGGUGUGCGGAGUGUCUCCGAGGGAUGUCGGAGAGGUCUAUGGAUGGAAUGUGGGCGGGGCUGAUAUGCCUUCGCUCGCAGAUGCUGUGCGCAAUGGUUGUGGUGGCACUCCGAAGGCGUGCUCGCUGAUCGCCAUUCAAGAGAUGCCCCGGGGCGAACCUGGAUGGCGGACAGAAAAGCAAGGGCUGUGGACGCUGAUCACCUGCCAACCGACGGGUGAGUGGAGAGGGCAGGGGGUUGCUUUUCAGGAUGAAGAGUGGACUGUGCUGCAAAGGGUCAGCGCGGGGAAGGGAAUCUGGCUUCGUCUCCGGCACCUCAUUUCGGCUGUGACGGUGUGGAUAGGGUCGGCGCACUUCUCACCUGGUUGCACGCAGGCACAGUACGAGGAGCAGGUGGAUGCUUGUAUGAAGGGAUUGCCCCCCAGCCCACACCCCGUCAUCUUCCAGUGUGAUGCAAAUGCGCCCAUUGAGUGGGCGGAGUUCGAAGGUGAAGUUGUGGCGGUUGGCAAGGAUGGGAAGGCAAAUGAGUUGCUGGGGCAGCUGGACAGGCGGGGGCUGCGGCUCGAUUCUCCGCCUCCAGAGCAAUAUCGAGUUCCGACUAGCCGGCCUAGGCAGGACGGACGGGAGGGCAACAUCAUUGACUAUAUGGGCAGUUGCCGCAUUGUGUGCUGUGGCCUUCGGGUGCAUGUGGACUCAUGUCAUGUCUUGGGUACAGACCACGAGCUGCUUGAGGGCACCUACGAGGUGAGGGCGACCAGAAAGAUGGAGAGAUAUGACACUCGGGCUCGAACUUGGACAGGGUCACUUCCGGUGGUCCACCAUGUAGACCAGGAUACCCUCGUGCGCUGGGCGCGUACCUACACUAGGCCGAAACAAGGGCUUGGCUAUCGCGAUCCGCCGGGGGUCAAGAGGGCAGUUCAGCUGGCGAGGUUUGCCAAAACCCGCAAAACUUGGACUGAGGUGCGACGGCUUCGCAAAAUUGCCCGCCAAGCCUGGGAGGCGGACCGGAUCAAGCGUGCCUCGCACGGGGACUGGAAGGCGAUUCGAAGCUUGAGGCCACAGUCAGGGUACGGCUGGCAACAGGACUUUGCCGAUGCUAGCGAGAAUGACCCGCACAACCGCGUUCACAAGCACCUUGCGGAGGUCUAUCGGGGACCGGGGGUUGCUCCGAACUCGGGGGUUUUCACGGGGCCGACUCAAGCCUUUACGGUCGAGGAGCUUGAUGUUGCACUAGGGCAAAUGCAGGGUGGAAAGGCAGUUGGAGUGGAUGCCACGUCCAAGGAGUUGCUUCAGGGGGUUGCCAGGGCUGAGGGUGGAAGGGAGCACCUCGCUGAGUUCUUCACCCGCAUCUUGGUGCACCAGCAGAUUCCGGAGGACUGGAAUACUCCGCUCAUGGUCCUCCUUCCUAAGGUGCUCCACCCGAAGGAUGUCAAACAACUCCGGCCGAUCUCCAUGGGCAGCUCCGUGUCCAAGCUUUUCUCGCGGCUACUCCUGAAUCGCACGCUCCAAGCCAUCGCGCUGAGGACGCACGCCCAGUGUGCGGGAGCUGUUGAAUCUCCCUCGAUUUUCGAGAUGGUGGCGGAGAUCUGCCUUGAGGAGGCGGAUGAGAGGUAUUCCUGGGAAAAGGACCGCCAGGUUUUUCCCGGCCUGGCGCAGCAGGACGCUCUGUUUAUGGACGAUGGCCUCCUCUGCAAAAAGGGGACGCCGGUCCUAGAGCGCAGGGUGCGGCAACUGCAAGUUGUCCUGGCGGAGUAUGGCCUCAGGCUCAAUGGGACGAAAUGCCAGCUGCUAUGCUCCCCACACUGGGCUGGCACAAGGGAGAUCACCAUCGCCGGGGAAGUUGUGAAGGCGUCGGAGACGGUGGAGGUCAUGGGACUCCCGAUGAAGGUCGGUCUGUCUAUCUGCGAGUUGGUGGCCCCCCUCAUUGCACGGGCCCGGGCCAAGUUUUGGGGGCUUAAACACAUCUUCCGGGCAAAGACAGGGAUCAAAGGGAGGUUGCAGACCAUGGCUAAGAUUGUGGGGAACAGAGUACCGGAAGAGGUGGUGGCGGUAUUCGGGUCACCGUACCCGGUGUGCGCCCUGAUUUGCGCAGCCGCGGCUCUGCUUUUGCAUUGUAGCUGUCGCUCUCUUGCCUUGCUGCCUCCCGAACGGGACAUGGCUCGGCCUCCAUAUUUCUUCAUGUGGGUUCUGCAGGUGGUGACUGCAGCCCACGCUACAUAUCCGAUGGCGCCCUUUGCGCCCUUUCAUAUCAAUGUGACACCAAGGUGUGGACGCAGCACUCCGGUGCAUGGUGGUUCGAGGUUGGAGAUUGCUCGUGGCCCUCCUCGUGAUGACGAUGGGCUGAGCCUGGUGCAGAAUGUGACGGUCUCGGUGCACGAGUUUGAUGACUACCCUGACCCCGGGUGGAAAGCAGAGGCGGAGGGAAUCGCGGAGGACAUCAACAUUGUGCUGCGGAACACGGUGCAGAACGGCGAGGUGCUGUCUGCCUGCAGGAUGGCAGUGCGCCUCCUCCACUACAUGCGCACACGGCCUGACAGGUCCACUACUGGCUCUCGCAGUGAUGUGGAGGAUGUCAUCAUUGAGCCGCUACGUCGUCAUGCCUGCCACACCUCGCGAGCUACGGAUGAGGACGUCGAUGAGGACCAGGACUCGUGGGUUGAGGGCAUCUGGCAGCGGCUGCUGGUCUGUGCGGAUCGCAGGCUAGAACAAGACCUGAUGGGACGUCACGGAGCCAGGGUGAAGACGAGGCAUUGUUCGACCAGGGUUUCUAUGGGGACUUCCUGGGGUGGGCUGGCGGAGUGUCGCAUGCCUCAGCGGUUGGGACCUGACAUGCUAGAGCAGGGAGCUUGGGACUUUGUUUCCUUCAUGCAGGCGACAGGCAGUGCUCCCAGACCGAGUACUACGGUAUCCCCGGAUGUUGCUCGCAAGCUGUGGGCGCUCCGGGCGGCUCUUUCUCGGUGGCCGCGUACGGGCUCGAUUCGGGACUAUGUGAAGAAGGCUGUGCAGGACAGGGGCGCGGCAUUCUUGGAGUACUUCACGCAGCAGACUCGGGCGGUCUGGGAUGGUCCCGGCUGUGAAUCUGGAGCUCUGCGAGCUGGCCGAAGUUACGGAACAAUGGGUCGUGUUACUGGACCAGAUGCAAACAGAAGCGGGCCUUGCGUCGGCUGUGGAGCCGAUGCACCCGAUGCAGCCGGAUGGAGCCCGCGUGCCGGGGCCUCUAUGGACACCGCAACCGGUGUGCUACUCGCCGUUGAAGUCGCCUCCAGGGUCGCCGGGGUGUGGGUCCAAUGGGACGGGAGCGAGGAUCCCGGAGCCCCCGGCGCACUGACCGUGGGAAUGCGGAUGCUGCUCGUGAUCGGGGUGGGCGGCCGCCACGGCGGGGAGAAGGUGAGACUGUCGACCUGGGGGCGUGCAGCAUUGGCCGGAACAGACCGCGGAAGCCUAGGCCCCGGGGACCAUGAUGAAGGCGUUGACCUCUGGCGCUACUUGCUUGGCAUGGAUCGUACGCUGCUGGGUGACCUCUCGACAACCGCGCAGGGGGCGCCGCUGCUGCCAGAUGACCGCCGGAGCUACAUGAUUGAUGUCUUCAGAGGAUAUACGCUGGAGCAGCAGCAGCUGAUGACAGUGGCUUUCAUCACGGUUAUCCGGUCACUGAUGUCGGAGAUCGGCGAGCUGUCACAUCUCGCGUCGAUGGUGGAGGUGGAGCUAGAUGGAGAUGAUGAUGUGGAAAAUGGGCCUAACGAUGUUCGCAGGAAUGCUGAUGGCGAAGAUGGCGCAGAUGCGGAAGGUGAUGGGCACAGCCUGGUGCAGCUGGGCAUGUGGGAGCAGGACGUGACGUUCCUCAUGCAGAAGCAGGGUACGAUGCAGGACCUCCCCGUCCGGAUCCAGGCAGCGCUGCAUCGAGCCCCCGGCAUUGCACGUGUUCAGGCGGAAGCCUUGCGACGCCGGCUACGGCUUCACAGAGGGCCAGUAUGGGCACAGGAUGACCUCUUCGAUGCGGUGGAAGCCUUACUGGUGGUGGUAAUCCAGGCGGGCGAGAACGAAGCGGCCUGUGGAGUUUCAGCCCAACGGCCGGCUGUGGAGGCCUGGGCACAGACGUGGUGGGAUCAGCUCUUGAGGUCUCGCGAAAGGGACCCGCAGCUGGGCAGCAGUUCGAAUGGCCCGUCUGUGGUAGAAAUGGUCGACAGUGGCACCACGGACCCCAGUGAGGAGAGCGCCGUUGACAGACUGCUGCAGAGCGAGGCCGAGGAGCGAGACGCUGAUCAACGUGAUGGUCAAGCCAUGGCUGACAUGCAGGCACGCCAUGAGGAGGAGCUGGCUGCGGCUGUUGCUGAAGAUCGUCGUGCAUGGGAGGCCUAUGAAAGCAAGCGGGCUCGAGAUUGGGAUGAUUGGGCUAUGCACGACGAGAUGAACCGGGUUCCAGACAGUGGACAGGCUGGCCCCCUUCGGCGUCGCCUUUACAUGGUGGUGGAGACCUCUCAGUUGCGCGACCAGCAGGGUGUGAGUCGAUCGUGGAGGUUUCCCUUGUCGGAGCCGGGAGCUGAGCCAGUGAGGGUCACCCUCCAGGUCGAGCAGGUCCUGGAAAGAGACCCGGAGCACGUUGAGACGAUUAUGGUCCCGUCGCCAGGGACGAGUCGAGUUGUGGCGACUGGAUCGGGGGUCUCCACUCUGGUGACCGAUGGUGCUCUUGAACCUACGGGGGAGGCGGUGCUGUCUGGGUCGCAUGUGGCUGAGACCGUCAUGGAGGGUGCGGAUGGCACUUUGGGUGGUGGUGAGCCCGGCCGACUUGGACAUGCUUACGGAUGGCAUCCUUGUGGAUGGUGCGACGGGCGACCUGGUGAUGCAGGUUCCGCCGAUGCAGCAGGAGGAGGAUGUGACAAACGCACUUGGGAGAGGGGUCACGCGCUCGAACAGUGA